GGUGAUUCGGAAGCCGCGCAAGACGGAGCUGCAGGCGCCUCCGGCAUCAAGAAAGAGGGCGCUAGGCGCUAAGUCCGCUUCCAGUCUGGAUCCGGGAGAAGAGCGAAAGGACCGGGCACCUCCCAGCCAAAGCGCACAUGGCUCAGGCGGAGUGCGGUUCUGGCGGGGUGAGUUCGUCGCUGUUGCUGCCGCCCGGCAUGUGCGCGCUACGCUGCGUCCGGAGUCCUUGGCCGGGGCGCAGCGGCUGAAGGCACUUGCCGUGCCUUAGAGAGUGUUGUCUGCAGACCAAAUUAGCCCCAUCUCUACUGAUCAUGGUCAACAGGAGAUUAAACUAUUGGGAUUCUGAUUUUGAGGAUGAGGUCAUCAACAUCAAUGUUGGGGGCCUGAGACGGAGACUCAGUUCGAGUGCCCUCUCCAAAUUUCCUGACACUCGGCUUGGGCGCUUGCUUUCCUGCGACUCUGAAGAGUCCAUCCUACAGCUGUGUGAUGAUUAUGAUGUGAGUGCCAGGGAGUUCUACUUUGAUCGGAAUCCUGGCUUCUUCCUAUACCUGCUCCAUUUUUACCAGACUGGCAAGUUGCACAUUAUGGAGGAACUGUGUGUCUUCUCCUUUUGCCAAGAGAUAGAAUACUGGGGCAUUAAUGAAUUCUUUCUGGAUUCCUGCUGCAGCUAUCGCUACCAUGAACGGAAACUGGAGAGGCAUCAUCACAACUGGGAUGAGGAAAGUGAAGUUAGCAGUGUGGAAUCGUCCCCAGAUGAGAUCUUAGAUAUCAAUCAUGACCUGCUUCGCUAUAGUACACUCCGCUGUGGCAAUCUGCGCAAGCGCCUUUGGCUCACCAUGGAAAAUCCAGGAUACUCCAUCCCAAGCAAACUCUUCAGCUUUCUGUCUAUCAGUGUUGUGCUGGUUUCCAUAGCUACCAUGUGCAUUCACAGCAUGCCAGAAUACCAGCAGCUUGACGAGGAGGGCAAGUUGAAGGAUGACUCUGUGUUGCAAAACCUGGAGUAUUUCUGCAUCUCCUGGUUCACGUUUGAAGUCACUGCCCGCUUGCUUUUGGCUCCAAACUUGAGGAAGUUUUUCAAGCAUCCCCUCAAUCUGAUUGACAUUGUCUCAGUGUUGCCUUUCUAUUUCACGCUCUGGGUAGAUGUGACCACAAAGACAGAUUCCGAACUGGGAAAUUUGGGAAAGGUGGUGCAAGUGUUUCGUCUUAUGAGGAUAUUCCGAGUGCUGAAGCUGGCAAGGCAUUCAACAGGCCUGAGGUCUUUAGGAGCUACCUUGAAGCAUAGCUACAGAGAAGUGGGAAUUCUUCUCCUAUACUUGGCUGUUGGGGUGUGUGUCUUCUCUGGAGUAGCCUACACUGCAGAAAAGGAGGAAGAUGUUGGCUUUGACACUAUUCCCGCUUGCUGGUGGUGGGGCACAGUUAGCAUGACAACUGUAGGUUAUGGGGACGUGGUACCGGUGACUGUCGCCGGCAAGCUAGCAGCUUCUGGUUGCAUCCUGGGUGGGAUUUUGGUUGUGGCACUGCCUAUCACUAUCAUCUUCAAUAAGUUCUCCCAUUUCUAUCGCCGGCAAAAGGCCCUUGAAGCUGCUGUGCGGAACAGUGACAAGAAGAAACCAGAGGACUCUGAGAAUUACCCAAGUCAAGAAUCUGAUGCUUUCAGUGAAGUUUACCAGAGAGAUGAAGAUCUCACCAGGAACAUCCUUCCAGUCUACUGAUUGAUUGGGAAUUGAAGACUUAAUGUAUUUGGUGUCAGAAAAAAGGCAAAUUGGUAGCAAGAUGAUCAACAAAACCCUUAACUACACCAUUAUGGAUUUAUUCAUUACAAGUGAUC